GAGAUUUCAGUUUCUUAUCCUAGCAACAAUCAAUUCCGAGCCAACAUCUCGGAAGCUACUUGGGUAUAAGUAUGAACGUCGAGGAAUUUUACAGAAGUUUGUCUUCUCCAGAUACCUUGAACUUUCGGACUUCUUCCAAAGUAAAAUAUUACUUUACACAAUGAGAUUUUUCUCCAUAUAUGACAUCGCAUUAUUCGGUGCAUUAGCCACCGCUAAUCCUCUUAUUCAGGUUCUUUCAUCAAGGGAUACCUCCGCUCCUGAAUCAUCAUCUGUCGUUCCCAGUUACACAGUACUCAACAAUUAUUGUGAGAAUGCGGGCCCUAAGGCUUAUGUCGGAGUCCAAUACGACAAUGGUGUAAUAACCUCUUAUGAUUAUAAUCAGUGCUACCCUUACACCGUAAAUGGCAGUACCGCAUUGCAAGCCGUUUUCUGUAAAAGUGUCAUCUGCGAGAAUUGCGCCGGCGAUGAUUGCACCGACCCCAACCUUACUCUCACAGUCCCAAGGAGUCUAACUUUGGUCAAUCCAUGGGGACUUGUAACAACGAUUUUAGGGAAAGGAGCAAUAUGCCAGGAGCUCUAGCUUGACUGACAGGCUUAACCCUCCGAUGAACCAAAGCUUUCUAUUGAAAACAAAAAAUUAGUUUCGUUUUGGGCUGAUCACGUUAUGUGGAAGACUGCUGUGAUAUGGCUCGAUGCAAUCAUUCACGUUUGUCAACCAACACGAAGAAUGGCUUCAGAAUUCCAGAAAAUCAACGUUGGCCGUCAUCAAAGAAACUUGCACCCACCACAGUCGCUUCUGAUUGAUAUUCUAAGCUAGUAAAAGUUCUUACGCAUUUAAAGUCAGUGUUACUUUUGAUCUUUUGAUAUUACUGUGUUUGCGCAAGAGCUUUCCAUUUAUUCACCUGUUGAAGAAUGCUAUUAGAAGCCCCGCUUUUGUGUCACAUAAUAGUGACAUCGUGUUGGUGGUCUACACAGAUCGGUACUCAACUAAUUGUGAUUUCUAUCGGUGUGGCCGAACAAUAGCUACACCGAUUCAAAUCAAAAAUCCACGUUUUCAUGUUCAUUUAUAUCUAUCCGCGUUACAAUGCUGCCUCUCAGCUCGUUAUUUUUGGUUUCACUUUGUAGCACCAUCUCAGAUUACCGUUACCAAAUUUUGUUUUGAGAAAUGUCAGGCGUGUCAAUAAUUUCACAAUACGAGAGACGACUGUGUCUACGAAAUGGGAUGUACGAGUGAAUUUUGGGGAAAUUUUGAGGUAUCUUAGGCUUUACUUACUUCAUUUCUCACAAUUGUCUUCAAGAAUAUCAGAUAUCAAUUGGAUAUAUCAAC